AUGAAGAUUGGAUGUCUUCAAUUUUCACCAGUUUUGGGCGAUGUCGACAAUAACUUAACUCGAGCCGAUGCGGUCCUAGCUAAGGCAAAUGUCCAAGACUUAGACUUGCUUGUACUGCCUGAAUUGGCAUUUUCGGGAUACAAUUUCAAAUCGCUUCAACACAUUUCCCCAUUUCUUGAACCUACUACAUCAGGCAUCUCUUCACUCUGGGCCCGGACUACGGCCCUCAAAUACGAAUGUGUGGUUAUCGUUGGGUAUCCUGAAAAGGUUGACAUCAGCCCAAAAUGGCCAGCUUCUCCCGAGUAUUAUAACAGUGCAAUCACAGUCAAUAAAGAUGGAGAAACGAUAUCGAAUUAUCGAAAGUCGUUUCUGUAUCAUACUGAUUCCAAAUGGGCUUUGGAGGGCCCGGACGGCUUUUUCGAUGGCGAGAUUGAUGGGCUUGGCAAUGUUGCUAUAGGAAUUUGCAUGGAUCUUAAUCCAUACAAAUUCGAAGCCCCUUGGAGUGCUUGGGAAUUUGCCUAUCAUAUUAUCCACAAGCAGGCAAAUCUUGUCGUACUUUCCAUGGCUUGGCGAACACGAGAAGAUGUCCGAAGUUAUAGUAGGCAGCCGAAGGAACCCGAUAUGGAUACGCUUGCCUAUUGGCUUGCGAGACUCGAGCCUGUCAUUAGAGCGGAGCAAAAGGGCGAGAUCAUUGUGGUAUUCGCCAAUCGAACCGGUGUCGAGGAUGAUGCCGUUUACACUGGAACGAGUGCAGUGCUAGGAAUUUGCGGUGGAGAGGUCAAGGUCUAUGGUCUUCUAGGUCGAGGAGAAAAGGAGCUUCUUGUCGUCGACACCAGUAUCAGACCAAAGGCCAAGCUCGUUGCUGACCCCAAGCCAUCGUCUUCUGAAAAAACAGAUUCAGAGACCUCAAAAGGUUCCCGUACCGCUUCUCCAGCGUCUGCUACACCGAACACGAAAGUCAAGUCGAAAAAGUCGGAAUCUAAGUCCCCGCCAAGACUUGAUCCGAGAAUUCGAGACAAACGCGACAAUUCUACCAAUUCCAGCAUCGACGAGAUUCUGAACACUGUAACGCCAAUCUCUCCAGUCGAGCCGAUGUCUCCUCAUGCAUACUUCUCUUCGCUGGGAAAGAAAAAAGACAAAUCGUCUGAGACACCACCAACCAUCAAACCACCCGCAAAACUCGAUACUUCUGUCUCAGGAUCUGCUUUCGAUCGAACUCCUACACCAUUCCCAGAUCCAAAAACUGCACCGAAAGAUCCAAUCAAAUCUCCAAUGCCUAUACCGACACCAGUUAUCCCUUCCAAAUCUUCUGCAACUUCAAGUGGUCGACCUUUGACUCCACCAACAUCUCCAUCUGUACCGACACCUUCCAAAACAUCAUUUCGUCCUGUAUCGCCAAAAUCUAGGAAUGCUAGUCGAACCAGACCUAUAAAAGAGGAGCCUACAGUUCUCACCUCGCAAGAGGUCGCUCAAGAUCCAAAUAUCAUGUCAUCAAUCAUAGGUAUAAUCGAAGAGAAGAAGCUCAAACCUAGUGUCGUCGUGGAUCAAUCCAAGGUACCUCACACAUUGUCUCCAACUCUCAAUAGAAGAAGUCUUUCUCCUCGGCCAAGCAGUACAGUAUGGUAA